AUGCCCGCGCUAAGUGCUUCACAAGAGCAAGAACACUCAACAACAGGCUCCAUAAUGAAUAAUAAGAGAAAACGAGAACUUGGUGAUGGCGAGACUGAUGGAGCGGUGCCGGCCAAUGGCUCAGGCAGUGAUUCAUUGAACAUUCAUACCUGGAUGAAAGAUGUCCUUGACGUCCUCAAAAGAAAUGAUGGCAGCCCAUCCAUCCUUGAUUUCCAUUUCGAGUCUGCGAUAUCCACCAAGCCUUCUCCGAAACGCAAUAAAGCCUCCGAAUCGUCGAUGAAUUUGUGCAUCGCAAAGAAAAUCAAGGAUGCUGCAUACACCAAAACUGAUGAACUGAUCGCAGAUUUGGACACGGCAAGUAGCAAGUACUUGAAGGAAGUGGAGGAAAAGGUCACGAAUGGAAAAUUGACACCUCGCCAAGCGGAAAGCGAGAAGUCGGGCGUCGCAACGUUGAAGAAAAGGUUGAACGGCCUGAUAGCAGGAGAGAUGUUUCAGCGACAACGUACCUUGCAGCAACAUAGCCAUUCCGAGAAGCAUCCCAGCCAAGACUUAGGUGGGGAGGCGUUGAUCUCGGCUGAAGGAGGAAUCAAUAACAGUAUGAUUCUCACACUAGUGGGAGGGGAAAGAAGUGCAAAGCAGCUCUUCUCGAGUCUAGCCAAGCCAGGUGGAGAUGAUACAUCCCUCACGGAAAGACCCUUACCCAACGGCAUAACCACCACGAGUGUGAUCCCUGUUCAUACUCUAGAGGAAGGUAAAGAGAAAGUCACAACGAUAGGGCAAAGCUUCCCGCCGCCAUCGAGCCUCAAAGCUCUUAAUCCUCCAAGACCGGCAUCGAAGCAUACUUCCACAAGAAGUAAUUCUAUCAACUGGUACAGUGCUGCCGACGCUGCCGCUUCCCCAAAAGAAUCGUCAACGCGCGAUCCAUACCCAAAUCAGCCACUUCCUUCUGGUCGUUGGCUUACCUACAAUGUCCCACCCACCUCCGAACAAUUCAAUUCCCCUGGCUCCAGACGAAAGCACCGGGAACGCGCGUUGAGCUCUGGAGAGCCACCAUCUGCGAUUGAUAAAGAGACAAGCAAAGCACAUGCCCAAGCCCAGGACGACGCUUUGUAUUGCAGUGUCUACUCGAGCUUUGCGCCAAGUCGGGACGACACUGGAGCAAUUGUAUCAGAAGAGCAGAAAAAUCGGCUUUGGUGGAGCAAGUAUGGUGAAGCUCAAUAUAACGAAAUAUUGGACGCUCGAGAUGAUCUAUUGUAUGGUCCGGAUGAGAUGGACCAAGAUAUGAUUGAGGAAGAAUUAGAUGAAAAGGUGGUUGAAGAAGCAAUCGCAGAAUGGAAACCGCUAAGUAUCGAAGAGAUAUCAUCAUUUGAUAAAAGCAAGGAAGCUUCAUCAAGAGAAGCUGAGGACCUGCUACAAGAAAUAUCGGAGCUCUUGGAGAUACUAAACUCACACCAGCGAGUCAGGAAUCUUUCUCAACCUGCGACUGCUCGUCCUUUACAAGGCCAGAAAGAGCAGCUAGCCACCGCCCCUCUAGAUCCGUCGACCCCAUCAUCGUCGGAGACAGAAGUCUAUGAGGAUCUGAAAAAGCAGCUUGUGGAAGUAAUUUCAACUUUGCCACCUUACAUGCUGUCAAAAUUAAAUGGAGACAGGCUUGAGGCUUUGCAGCUCAGUACCAAGCUCAAAUAUCCAUACAAAAAUCAAAAGGGAACACUAGAAGACGAUUGGACUUCUCCUAAAGCAAAAGUCGCACCUAGCGGGACAUAUUCAACUUAUGGGGCGGGUGCCGCUGUCCGUGGGGCAUAUGCUCCGACUCCAGUCCCACAAUAUCCACGGCAAGCACCUGUGCAGGCCUCUGUGCAGAGGCAAGCUCCCAGCGCUGGGUAUGCUGCAUCGCAAUACUCAGGGCGACCAGCACCCGUACAAUAUGGAGGGAGCAGUAUGCCACGGCCGUCGUACGGGCAGUAUCCACAGCAGCGAUCCUCAUCAUCGUCAUCAUACGUCGACCGUUUCGCCAAUGGUCAAUACACUCCCCAGCAUUCGUAUUCCUCCUACAGCCAAUACCAAAAUUCUUAUAGGCCUCCCAUGGGUCAACAAGCGAACUCUUACGGCCAGCAGUAUGCUUCACCACAGCCAAGAGUCGCCCCAGCAUCAACACCCACGGGACAAGGUUAUCAGCAGCGACCCCCAGGACCUCCUACGUACAAUUAUGGCGCUACACCUGGGGGGCCCACUUACACGCCUCCUAUGAGUCAAGGUCCCCCCUUCACUGGACAGGCAGUUGUAGCCGGGCAGCAGCGGCCACCUCUCUAUCAGCAGCACUCCUCCCAUUAUGGGUCGCACUCCCCGGCCGCAGAACAAAUGAAUGGAAUGGGAGUGGAUGGGGCAGGAAGGAUGUCACCUGCAUCACUGGACGCGAGACCAUCUCUGCAGGGCUCUGUCACUCCACAGCCUGCAAGUGGACAGUCACCAAGACCUAACGGAACACCUGCUCCACAGCCAAAUGGAGUGACGGCUUGA